CCCUGGGCUUCGGCGUUGUUGUUGUUGCCUUCGGUAUUUUGCGUUCAUAAUUCGACUUUCUCUCCAUCACGGAGGUUUUGCUGCGGCUCUCUUUCCUUUGCCGCAGGCACGGCAGGGAGGCAGGCAGGCAGAUAGGCAGCAGGCAGGGCAGGCAGCAGGCAGAGAGGGCAGGGCAGGGGCUGAGCUGAGCUUCUUCCCAUCCUCGUCGUUAUCGUCUUCAAAGCAUCGCCUCUCACUCGCUCACUCAUUGUCUGUAUCCAUCAAUGCUCGACGACGAUGUAUGAUGCUAUGUGGACAGUCCCGAGCAUAAGUGCUCUGGGUCUAUCACUUUCCCAGGCGGCCUUCCAACUGUCAUGUUCCCUUCAAUUCAGCUGCUCUACGAAGCUCGCUUGCCAGGCUUCAGGUGAUUGAUGCUUUGGUUGUAGCGGAGGAGAAGGGCUCAUGUUUUGGAGUUUUGGCACGCGGAGAGAGUUUUAUCAGACUCAUUUUGUAUCUGAUUUGUUUGGAUGCACCGGUUUCUGGAGAAGUGCGUUUUCUGUGCACAAAGGGAGGUCGCUUGCUGACUUGGAUGUCGACGAGCAGGUUCGCUUCGAGAGAAAUCGAUUUCAGCAUAACUCGUUAGCUUUCUUUAGGGCUACAACGAGUUUAUUUCCUUCUGAAGUAGCAUUUCAGCUAGGUGCUAGGUUCUAGCAUUAGAACAGAGCGACGUACUCCUUGGUCUAGCUUUGAUAGCUUCUGUUUUGCCACAGUGGACUAUGAGAAGUCCAGAUCUUGACUCGAGCUCGAAUUUGAGGGGCUUCAAGCGGUGUGUGAAGCUGAGAAAUUACUGUCCUGAUCGUGAGGGUUUUUGCGUCAGAGAAGCUGCCUUCGUAUUAAUUUGUAAUAUGGUAUUUUCUGGUAGGGUUGUAUACAAGAUACAUUUGGGGACUUAUUUUACGAGCAAUCAAAUUUUUGGUCUCGAUUGCAGGUUUUUUGCUUUAAAUUAAAGAAAGGACUCAAGAUACAGUUCUUGCAGGCACACUGCAAGGUUUCUCCGCUGAAGAGUGAUUAGGGUAGUUAUAUAGAGAAAAUGGACGCUCUACUCAAAGAGAAAGACAGGGAACGAGAGAAAGAAAAUGCUGAUCGGGACCGGGAACGUGAGAGGGAGAAAGAGAAGGAGAGAGAAGGAGAUGUGGAGGCAGCAUUAUAUACGAACUGUCUCCUCCUUGGACUUGAUCCUAAUGUGCUUGGGCCGGGAGCUGGUAUGCGUGCUGGCCUGUUCAGGCACUCUAAUCCUCGUCUCGGUGAAGCACUUCUCCACUUCCUCAUGUGCGCAUUGAGGGGUCCAAACCUUUCCGCUAAGGACUUUGCUGGAGUGUGGCCUAUUUUUGAUGCGGCUCAAUCUCGCGAUUUCCGCAAAGUGGUUCAGGGUCUAAUCAAUGAACUGGAAAGCCAAGGAGCUCUACCUCGAAGCAACUCCCGUGUCUCUUCUCUAGCUACUUGCUGUGGUCAAAGAUUUGUGGAGCUUUUGUGGCAUCUAUCAGCUCAUGCGUUACGGGAGGUUCAUCGACGAACAUUCCCAGCAGAUGUAGCUUCAAAUCCAUUACCAGCCUCCCUGACCGAACUCGUUUGUCCAAACACUCGUCCGGUUUCUCUGCUCGCUGUUACCAAGGCUCGGAUCGCCUUGGAACGUAAGCGAUUCAUGAAAGGAGCGACUCAAGCUGUGGAAAGGCAGACAAGCUGGUCCAAUUUGGCUCAUGAUAUGACAGCUGAGUAUCGGGCUUUGUGCGCAGAAGAGGCAUUUCAACAUCAAGAACUGGAAAAAUUACAAGAAUCAAGUUACCCCAAUGUAUCAGAUGAUUCAGCUGUGAGUGACACAGAAGGGUUUGUUACGUCAAUUAGUGCAGGUCCUGUUAUAAGAGCCUCUCAGCUAUGGAAAGGCAUUUUAUCACAUUCAGAGAGAGUGGCAGAAUUAGCUUCUGGGCCCAUUGAGGACCUCAUUGCUCGUCGGGAACAUAGGUACCGGAUCGAUGGAGCUGUCUUGCGAGCUGCAGUGGACCUUGGAUCUGUUAAUUUGCCGGUGGAGUCGUCCUCCUGUUCAACUGCUGAUUAUGACAGCCAACGACCUAGAUUUGAGGUUGGUGUAUCAACAGAAGAUGAUAAGUCUACUAAAACUCCACCUCCCGUGGAUGUGGGCGAGAUCCUGCGUCGCUGGACUCACGCAUUGCAGACCGUUCAUAAACAAACGCUUCGCUUGGCCAGAUCAAACAAUGGAGCAGGACCGGAGCUUAUGAUGGAAUCUACACAUGGGGAAGAAAGCGUCCAUGUGCACAGUCUUCGUACAACUUUGGGGGAGCACAAACAACACUUUUCAAGUCUCCGGUCCCUCAAGAACCAGUUGGAAGCAUCGAUGCCAGGGAUGGAGGCAGCAAUAACAACUCUGCGGGAACGGGUCGAUGGUCCUGAUACUAUGGCUGCAUCUCGAGCUGCACAGAAUGCUCUAAUCGUGACUUCGAAGACCAGCCAUUGGGUUGCUACUUCUAGAGAGGAAGAUUUGGAGCAAAGUGCUCUUGAAUUUAUCAACAACUCCGCGAUGCCAUUAGAGCUUACACCUCCUAGCCCAGCACUGAAGCUUCCUUAUACGUCUCCAAGUGCUAAUGGAGUGUCGACAUUCUCAAAGGCUGCAUCUGGAAUUUCAUCUAUGCCUUCUUUGGACGUGCUGCAAGAACAAGAGGGAUUGGAAAGCAAUGGUAUCGUUUGGAAUGGUGGAUGUGAGAUCACGGAAGGUAUCUCCUCUUUGCGUCAAGCAGUUAUUGAAGCUGCUCUUCAGAAGCCUAACUCUGUUGUCAGGGACAUAACACAGCAGCCUACUAAUACAGAACAUUAUUUUACUCCUGUGAGUCCCUUCCAAAUGCAUGCAAAGAGUAGCAGGGAAAUAGUCUCUGUGGUCACGGACACUAACCAGCCACCAACCUACAUUGGCAAGGAUGAUGUUCCUACAUUCAUUCCCAGUGAAAACCGGGACAGAACGGUGGAGGAGAAGAAUGGAUAUGUAGCAGAUCCACAAAAUUUUGUGCGGAGAGGCGUGAGCCCCAUGUCGCGGAAGGGAUUAAAUGGGAGACAGCAUGUGGAGCGUAGCAGUUGGAAGAGCCCACAUGAUCUGCCCCAAAGAACGUCAGAAUUACAUGUUCAUGAUUUCCAGCCGUUAUCGCCGUCCCUAUUCUUGGAUUGCAAUUCUUUCGACAGAACAUUUGACGGAACAUAUGAUAAUCUCUUGGCACCUAUGACUGAUCUGGAUUCGGCUUUUAUGAGCAUCGGUGAUCGAAGAGAGACACGUGCAAUAUGAUAAAAGCUUUGAACCAGCCACGGCUGCUCGAAUCCAACUUGCUGCUAUUUUCACUGCCACUGUAGUCCAUUUAUAUCCCAUUCGCGACUUUUGUCUGGGUUGAUCAAAAUUUCUGAAAAUGGACGAGUGCAGAAUGAAGACUGCGGUUCUGGAAUGGCAAGGAACUAAAAAUUUACUGCUAGUAGCUUUGCAACCUGGUAAGCAUGUGUGAGCUUCAUCGAUCGAUAUAUUGCCUCGAAUGCGGUCAUAUCUUUAAUUGGAUUGCAUUGUAGCAGACCGUUCUUAUCACAGUCUUCGCAAGUAAUGAUAAUCCAAGUUUCCUGGGUCGCAUGGAAGCUUGUCACGCAUGUAAGGAUCCGCUUCAUUGAUGCCGAGGGACCAUUGUGAAAACGAGGGAUGGUGAUUUCCUCUCAUCACCAGUUAAAACCACUUCCAUAAUUAUGGAGUGGUCAAUAUUAAGUGAUCUCCACUUGUAAGCUAUGCGAUGCCCUUGUAUUGUAAAAUGACUACGUCCCAGACGCCACAGAUGUUAGUAUCUAAGAUGUAGUGAUCGAGAUUUGAUUACAGUUGCUGCCACCCAGCGCUUAGAAUGAAAAUGUAGUCCUUCACGACUUGAGAAUGACUUGGUACAUACAGAAAUGAAUAUUCCACAUGGUGCUUCGAAAUAACAUUACUCAUGUGUACUUUACUGGAAUAUUUAUCAUA